ACAGUUACAAAUUUUAGAUUUUUACAGGCUUUUUGUUUGGGUGAUAAAUCAAUUUUCGAUUUUUUAUCACAAAUUUUCUACUUGAUAAAUUUGUAAUAACAUUACAAAAUCUAAUCUAAAUGCUCAAUAGGAUAUUUUUAAAAGAAAACACUUUACCUAGGAGAACGUACAGAAACUUUAUAAACACUAUGGCUGGAUAUUUUGAAGAAAUGGGCUGGACCCCUCUGGAGAACGGGGAGCAACCCAACCAUCUCAUCCAAAUGGCGAGGUUCUUAAUUGAUUUUGGAAUAUAUGAUGAUGACUUCAGUGGUGAGUGGCCACGGCUGCCUCCUCCAGCAUCCAAAGAUGCUGUUAAAAAACUGCCAGAAAAGACAAUUAGUACAGAAACUAAAGACUGUCCUGUGUGCUUGAAGUCAUUCAGCGCUGGAGAAAAGGCCAUAGAGAUGCCGUGCAAGCACAUGUUCCACUCCCCAUGCAUAUUGACUUGGCUGGAGAAGACCAAUUCAUGCCCAUUUUGUCGUCAUGAGCUGCCUACAGACAAUGAGAGCUACGAGGCGUUCAAGAGAGAGAAAAAACGCGCAGAACAGAGGAAAGAGGACAUAGAGACCUUGCACAACUCUAUGUUCAGCUAAACUACUUAUCUAUGGUCACAAUGACUCUCGGUGUUGUUUAAUAUUAUGUUCUAUGUGUACUCACUAUAUGGGUCAUAUUUGUCUGAGGGCUGUUUCCCACUUUGCUCACAAAAUGCUAGUGGGAUAAGCCAGUAAUGGUUAGGUAAAUGUUGUAAUUAAAUCUAUAUGUGUCAGUAUUGCCACUCGCCUCUAGGUCACUGGAACAAGUACAUAUUAAAUUAUACUGUAUUGUGUAGUUUAUAAAUAACUUUAUUUAUUUGGAUAUUUCCAAACUUUUGUAGGUAUCGGGGUCCCUUUAUUGAUAUGAACCAUUGAAAAAUUACUUUACAAAUGUAUGUAGUUUUCUGAGAAACCAAAUAUGUAUCACUAUUAUAGUGUAUAAGUACCUAUAUGUAUACUUGUAUGUAGUAAAACUAUGUAGUUACUUAUAACCCUUUACCAAUCUGGGCAUUCCGAAUUUAAUACUGAAUUAUAAAAAUUGAUAUAUGAUAUAUGUUAGUAGAUAAAUUAUUAAUGUAUACUUACCUAAUUAAAUAUUUUGGUUUAUAGGUGGAAAGUCAACUGUUUCAUUUACGUAAACUAUUAAGUACUUAUAGAUAUUUCUUCCUAAAAAUGCUGAAAACAAUAUCAAAAUAUUUCUAUCCAAUUCCAAUUAUUUCUAUCUUCAUCAUUCUACAUUCGGGCCGAACCGUCUCUAUGUUCUUGGGUGGUUCUCGGCCUUCCUCUUGCAGUCUCUAUGACUUUUGCUAGCUUCCCUGAUCACGGCAGCCUUGGUUUCUUGGUUUCUAGUGAAGCGUUUAAAUAAAUAAUGAAUGUUUGAGCUUCAAGACAUUGUUUUCUAGUAAUCCUCAUUCUUAUUUUGAAUAAAAAAAUAACUGAUCAAAGACAUCAGUUCAGUAAGUCAUGCUUGGCUGUCAAAAGUCAAAACAAAUCCAAAUUUUAAGUGCAUAAAAUGCAAACAAAUUAUUAGUUUCAGCAUAGCCUUUUUAUUUUAUAUUUAUAUUAUAAAAAUAUUAAAAAAUGAAGCACCGAAAGGGUAAACUGCACUGUAAGUGCCCUCCAUCCACUAAGGGCGUCUGCAAAUGUUCCCGGAACGCUAAAGAAUGCAGAGAACUUAUGGAAAUGGUCGAGAUACUAACGAAUGAUGUUGA